AUGGACUGGGAUCGAUUCUAUGAAGGUGACUACAAGGGCAACCUGAACGACCUGACAUUUGAUUCUGAUAGGAGUGCUCGCGUGUGGGAGGUCUCAAGUUCUGCAGCAUCGAACCAUGAGGCUGUCUGGCAAAAACCGGCAGAGCUUUAUGGCAAUUCCGACGUCUGCAAAUGGCUUGACGAUCGAGGUAGCUCAGCAUCAACAGCUAGAAAGUGGCCAGAAUGGAACCUUACUGUACUGGUGAUCGAGCGCUGCCCCCCUCCAGCAGACCCGAAUGCACAGGCGCAGAGCGCGCCUGGCCCAGAUCAACACGAGCAACAGACGUCUCCUGCAGUGGAUGUGGACAAGUCAAUGCAGUCACGCGAAGCUUUGAGACGUUUUGGACUAGGACAAGCGGCCUUCGAGCGCCUUUUCAGUCAAUUAGGACUCUCAAAAACCUUCCUCCACGCUGUCAAGCACAAUCAAUCGUACUAUGCACGCCACCACCAGGAAGAUCAGUCCGUUACAGCUAAGGAUCUUUCCUUCACUGUUCGCACUACCCCUUCUCUGCUCAAAGACAUGGCACUGACUCUGCGACACAAUACGGAUUCAGGAGAAACAUUUGUGUUGCUCCACGGCUGUUCCAUGGAGUUCGAGGACAACCUACGUUCCUGGCUACGGGCUAUGCUCCGUCGUUGUGGGCAUCCGCUUGUGAUGUUAGUCCUCUUCUUCGAGAUGUAUUACAAACAGCUGCAGAAGCACGAGGUGGAAAUGCGCACAAGCUACGAAGACCAUCGUGAGAAGAUGUUCAAGUACAAAGACAGUGGUAUUCACCACCACAACACCCGUCUCGCAGCAGUCACCGACAUUUGCGACGAAUUGUUCACGGAGGAAGUGGAAGUAGCAGCACUCCGAUCUCGGGUAAGCCAGCUGAUCAAAAGUAUGGAGGCUGUAGGAGACAGAAAGCGAUACCCGACUGCAGAGCAAGGUAACUAUAUGGUGGAGCACAGCAACAUGAUGAUAGACCGCCUGCGAAGUCUCAGCGAUGACAUAGAGGUGUUGCAGACCAAGUGCUCAUUGGACAAGCAGGCUCUCCAAACUCUUAUGACGUCUAUGAGCAGCAUUAUGGCCCUCGCAAGGAGCGAGAUCAGUCACAAUAUCACUGUCGCAAGCAAAAGGGACAGCGCCAUCAUGAUGAGCAUUACUGUUGGCACUCUGACAUUCUUGCCGGCGACCGCAAUUGCUACGAUCUUCGCCAUGCCUUUCCUGCCGUGGAACGUGGCGGCUUCAGACGGCGAUACGACACCGGGUGUCGUCAGACUCUAUCUCAAGGUCAGCUUGCCGCUGACGAUUGGCACGCUUCUUCUGGUUGGUCUUUAUUGGGCUAUGAUCGAUUACGGAGACAAAGGUGCUGACAUGACCGUUCGGCCGUGGAUCAAAGAACUGGUCACUUUCAAUACGCAGAAGCCGCCCACCAACCGCGGAUCUGGGAGCAGGGGUUCCUCGCAUACGCAGACGGCAAGUCCUCCAAAAGUAGCGGCAACAAGUAAUUCUCCGUCUAGCCAGUCCAACAGUACACCGCCGAGCCAACAAAGUGCAAUGCCAGCUUCCCCACAUAUCACGAUCGCCAACGCAAACUUGCCCGGUACUGGUCCUCCUGCUGCGCCUACAACUUCAGGGGCCACGUCUACCGCGAGUGCGUCUGCUCCCGACCCAAUUGUUCCCGCCACGCCUACAGCUCCCGGAUAUACACCCGCCAAGACUGCGUCCUCACACGUCGCAGCAUCUCCCACAGGAGCGGCCCCUGCAGCGGCCUCCACACCCCAGUCCAUCGAAAUGUCCUUUCUGAAACGCGUCACGAGAAGGCUACCCCAAAGGUCACACAAGCCAGGAGAUGUCUAG